CGCACUACUUGCACGUCUAGCUCCAUUGAGGCAGUAGCUGAGAAGCUGUAUAUAGACUAUGUACGUUGUCGUUGUCUAGUGAACAUCAGCUGUCCUAUUUUACAUGAAGUACACAAAUUUCGAGCCUUUUUAAAGUUUUUCUAUUUUUUAUUUGUCUUUACUGCCAUCACAUUUCUCUAAUACAUACUCUAUCAAACAAUCAAAUUUGUCUGUACGCUAGAAAAAAAAAUGGCACUGAGAGCGAUUGUCGGACAAAAGCUUAUGGAUGAAGUGUUCAAACAGAAAGAUGUGAAAAAGGGUACUGGAGAAAAAGUGAACUGGCGGGUGCUGGUGGUAGAUCAGUUGGCAAUGAGAAUGGUAUCUUCAUGUUGCAAGAUGCAUCACAUAGUAGAUGAACGGAUCACCCUUGUCGAAGAUCUAAACAAGAACCGUGAACCAUUACCAUUAGAUGCAGUUUAUUUGAUCACUCCUUGUGAAAAGUCCAUCAGCACACUUAUCAGAGACUUUGCUAGUCCGGGGAAACCAAUGUAUAAAAAUGCUCAUGUAUUCUUUACUGAAGUGUGUCAAGAAGAACUUUUCAAUGAACUGUGCAAAUCAUUUGCUGCCAAAAAAAUUAAAACUCUCAAAGAGAUAAACAUCGCAUUUCUGCCUUAUGAAAGUCAGGUAUUUUCUUUGGACUCCCAUGAAACAUUUCAAUGUUACUAUAAUCCAUUACUAGUAAAUAGUCGUAUCCCAAACAUGGAGCGUAUUGCAGAACAGAUUGCAACUGUUUGUGCUACAUUAGGGGAAUAUCCAUCAGUAAGAUAUAGAAGUGACUUUGAACACAAUGCAGAGUUGGCUCAAAUUGUACAGCAAAAGUUAAAUGCUUAUAAAGCUGAUGAGCCAACAAUGGGCGAAGGUCCAGAAAAAGUACGUUCGCAGUUAAUUAUAUUAGACAGAGGAUUCGAUUGUGUAUCUCCAGUUUUGCACGAGCUUACAUUUCAAGCUAUGGUUCAUGAUCUAUUGCCUAUAGAAAAUGAUGUUUAUAAAUAUGAACCCAAUGUUGGAUCUUCUCAAAUUAAGGAAGUCAUAUUAGAUGACAAUGAUGAACUUUGGGUGGAGCACAGACAUGAGCAUAUUGCUGUUGUAACCAAGAAAGUAACACUACAAAUGAAGAAAUUUUCUGAAUCCAAACGCAUGUCUGCUGCUUAUGAAGGUAAAUCUUCUAUGAGCGAUUUAUCCAAUAUGAUCAAGAAAAUGCCGCAAUAUCAAAAAGAAUUGAGCAAGUAUUCAACUCAUUUACAUCUAGCUGAAGAUUGCAUGAAACAUUAUCAAGGUAAUGUAGACAGACUUUGUAGAGUAGAACAAUAUCUAGCUAUGGGUACCGAUACAGAGGGUGAAAAGAUCAAAGAUCAUAUGAGGUAUAUUGUGCCUAUAUUGUUAAACCCGAAUGUAUCUAGCAAUGAUAAAAUGAGGAUAAUUAUAUUGUAUAUUUUGUCAAAAAAUGGAAUAUCAGAAGACAAUCUUAAUAAAUUGAUACAACAUGCCCAACUAUCGCCAAUUGACAAACAAGCAAUUGUCAAUAUGAACUUGCUCGGUAUCAACUCUAUUGUGGACGGUAACAGAAAAAAACAGUAUCAAAUUCCACGUAAAGAGCGUAUUUCAAAAAAUACAUAUCAGAUGUCUCGUUGGACCCCAGUGAUCAAGGAUUUAAUGGAAGAUUGUAUUGAAGACAAAUUGGAUACUAAACAUUUUCCUUUUCUAGCAGGCAGAGCUGCUUCCUCUGGAUACCAUGUACCAUCUAGUGCACGAUAUGGACACUGGCAUAAGGAUAAAGGCAAAGGACAACAGCUUAUAAAAAAUGUACCAAGAGUAAUAUUUUUUGUGAUAGGAGGAAUCAGUUUUUCUGAGAUGAGAUGUGCCUAUGAAGUAACAGUAAUGUCAAAAACUGGGAGGUUAUUAUAGGUUCGUCACACAUUCUUACACCGGAAGACUUCAUGAGCAAUUUAUCAGCUUUAAGUCAAUAAUCUUGUCCAAUUGACAAUUUUUAAGAACUUAAUAUUAUGUAGUAUGUGUGUCCCCAUAAAAAUCAUGAAUUUUGUUUACAAAAUAUAAAUUUCAAAUUAUACAAUACUUAAUAUUGUGGAAUUAAUACAAAUAACUACAAAUUGUUUAUUGGAAUUUUAACGUUAAUUAUUAUAGAUAAAUCAGUAGAUUUUAUGAUCUGGAAAAAUAUUUUGUAAUAAUUAAAAAUCAAUUUCCCCAAAUAUUCU